UUUACUCUCGACGUCAACGACCUCCACGACCUCAUUGUUGAAGCGGAUCGGACCGGACCGUAACGAGCUCGCCUCGAACCAGUCAAACAAUGUCUGAAGACGCCGCACCGCUGGACGUCGGGAACGCUUCGGGGGCCCUGAAGGAUAUCACCUUUGGUUCGAUAGCAGGCAUGACCUCGAAGCUCUUCGAGCAUCCGUUCGACCUGGUCAAAGUCCGACUUCAAUCACAGCCUACGGAUCGGCCUCCCGCCUACCAGGGACCUCUGGAUUGCUUCAAGCAGACCUUUGCUAAAGAGGGAGCCAGGGGACUGUACCGAGGCAUCUCGGCACCCAUCGUCGGAGCAGCAGCAGAGAAUGCCAGUCUGUUUCUCGUCUACAACAAGAUUCAAGAACUCAUCCGCUCGGCAUCUCGACCGGGUCAUACGAUCUUUGGUAGCCCCAUCGCGUCGCUCGAGAAUGGAGAACCGCUGAGCGAAAAGGCUAGGGGCAAGAGGAGGGAGAUGAGCAUGGGAGAAUUGGCCAUGGCGGCGGGUAUGGCGGGAGCGUUUGCGAGUUUCGUCUUAACCCCUAUCGAGCUCGUCAAGUGUACGAUGCAGGUGCAAGCUCUGGCGCGAGAGGGCACAUUUGGAGCAGCAACAUCCACGCCUCUGCACACUGGAAUUGCCGGUCGACCAUGCACGCUCGCCUCGUCCUCGACUAGCCAUCCUGUAAUCACAUCAAAACCCCUAGCCAAUACCUUGAAAUCGCCCAUCACGACUCGCGCUCGUCCUCCCCUCGAAGGCCCAGGCGCGAUCAUCCGAUCCGUCAUCGCCGAACACGGCAUCCGAGGCCUUUGGCUGGGGCAAGUGGGGACGCUCUUCCGGGAGACGGGAGGUUCCGCAGCCUGGUUCUCGGCGUACGAAGUCGUAUCCCGCGCUUUCCUCUCCUACCACACCAAAAACGGCCGGACGGCCACGGACCCGUUGACAGGCGAACGGGUACCACUCAGCAAAAAGGAUUUGAGCACGUGGGAGCUGGUCUUGGCUGGCGCCAGCGCGGGGAUGAGCUACAACAUCGUCCUCUUCCCUGCCGACUGUGUCAAGUCGGCCAUGCAGACCCAGGCCGAAUUGAGCAAGCACGACACGCUCACAGACCCGAGCCGACAAAAGGGCGCUCGACCGGCUCCCAAAUUCUUCGAGGUGGCCAAAAAAAUUUACAAGUCUCGAGGGAUCCGAGGACUGUACGCCGGGUGUGGGGUCACGGUCAUGAGAAGCGCACCGAGCAGUGCAAUGAUCUUUCUGAUCUACGAGACGUUGGAGAGCAAGUUUGGGCAUUAUUUCUAGGUCGCAUGGUGUACAUGGUCGAAGAGGUUGUAUCAGAUUCAGCAUAUAGAUGUGCUUCCGAACCACGGGCGACUAUUAGA